UCUCUCUGCGGCAUUUAAGCUGCCUCACGCCGUCCUCGAAACAAGCGUCCCCAAGCUUCUUUGAAUUGCACGGACUAAGCAUUCCCGAUGGGUGGCUGAGAAAGAGAAACUCUGGACAGCGACUCUUGUCAAAGCCCACCGCUGCAGGUUUCUUUUAGGCCUGAAAUAAUGGACUGAUAGUCCCCAAACUAUGCUUGCUGCCUUAGAAACUAAACUCUGAAGAGUGAAGGAUGGAUAUAAGUAAUUACAGCCUACUUGACACCAAUAUUUCUGCUUUCCUGUGUGAGCUUGGCUUGGAAAAUUACACCAUUUUCUGCACGAAUCACUCUCAGCCUAAAGACCAACAAACAGUUCGGAUUCUUCUCUAUUCUCUGAUAUUUCUGCUCAGUGUCUUGGGCAACACGCUGGUGAUCGUCGUGCUGAUCCGGAACAAGAGGAUGAGAACGGUGACCAAUAUAUUCCUGCUAUCGUUGGCCAUCAGUGAUCUCAUGCUGUGCUUCUUUUGCAUGCCCUUCACGCUCAUUCCCAACCUCCUGGAAGAUUUCAUUUUCGGCAGUGCUUUCUGCAAACUUACCAGCUACUUCAUGGGUGUCUCAGUCAGCGUUUCGACCUUCAGCCUGGUCGCAAUAUCCUUGGAGAGAUACGGCGCUAUUUGCAAGCCCCUGCAGUCUCGGGUUUGGCAGACAAAAACGCACGCUAUGAAGGUGAUCGCCGCAACCUGGUGCCUCUCCUUUGCCAUCAUGACGCCGUAUCCGAUUUACAGCAAGCUGAGACCUUUUGUAAAAAUCUACAACACCACAGCGAACAUGUGUCGCCUGGACUGGCCAAGCGACGUGGUAGAGCAAUCUUGGUACAUUUUCCAGCUCCUCAUCCUUUUCCUUAUCCCAGGGAUUGUAAUGAUCAUUGCGUAUGGCUUAAUCUCCUUGGAGCUCUACCGAGGGAUCAAAUUUGAUGUCAGUCAGAGGAAGUAUUCACGAGAAAGGAAAGCCAGCACCAGCAGCAGAUUUGAAGAUGACGAUGGAUGCUAUCUGCAGAAAAGCAAGAAGAAGAGAAAGGUGCCCCUUCAACAGUUUCCGUCAAAUAGGAGCAUCGCCAAAAUUGACCGGCCUCGGAGCAAUUGCUCCACCGCUAACUUGAUGGCCAAGAAGCUGGUCAUCCGAAUGCUGAUAGUGAUAGUGAUCUUGUUUUUCAUUUGCUGGAUGCCGGUGUUCAGCGUCAACACCUGGCGUGCAUUUGACCGUGCGUCGGCGCAUCUGCUUCUCACGGGAGCCCCCAUCUCCUUCAUACACUUACUCUCUUACACCUCCGCUUGUGUGAAUCCCAUUAUCUACUGCUUCAUGAACAAACGCUUCCGCCUGGGUUUUCUAGCGACGUUUACCUGCUGUGCCAAGCAAAAGCUUCCUGUGGCCAGAGCAGAGAUGGCAGAAGAGGAGGAAGGCAGAACCACAGGAGCAACACUUUCCAGGUAUUCUUACACCCACAUGAAUACAUCUGCUCCUCCGUAAACAUGCCCAAGGGGGGGAAAUCGGUUAUUUUAUCUCCUUCUGUGGUCUUGACUUGUUUUUAAAACCAUCUGCCAUGCCUUUGUACGAACCUGCUUCAGUAAAGUGUAGGAGAAGAAUAAUUUGUGAAAGGUCUCCCAACACUUUUCGGCUUUGGGUCUCAAAAAUAGAUACCGUAGAAGUUACCUCAGGUAGAAAGGGUCAGUGACGAUAGCCCUAGGGGCACAUUGGAGAGGCUGAGAAACUGUCAUGGGCACCACCAUAAAACAACUCUCAGGCCAAAAUAAAAAAAUGGCUGCCACUGGGGACCUGCCUUGUCAGAAAUGAAACGGAGGACAAGACAGAAGUUGGGUUUGAGGCCAAACACUAAACCACCUAUUUGCCCCCACCGAGCAUAAGAAAACAUUCCAUUUCAGAGAUGGAAAACUGGUGCUGUGCAGCGAAACGUCCACCCACAAAAGGAGGGGGAAAAUGGGUGGCAAAUGUCACCCAUCCCCCCAAAGCAACAUACUUUGACAAUAGGUUUUGACAUCACAUUUUUACUCCAGGCACUUCCACAAGGCAUCAGCGUUAUUUUAUCUGUGACAAUUUCACACAAUAGCUAGAGGUACACACCAGAUCUGGAAGAAUCCCAAACCAACUAAAUGAAGCCUUGAUCUGAUCUAGCAGAGUGCUUAUUAUGUUCCUAAUUGGUGGGAAUAACCAUAAAACGAAGCAAAAAGCAAUCCCUUGCUCUGUCAAUGUUUUGAACUGCAGCUUUUAGAGGGUUGCACUGACCUCAAGAUUUGGUUCAGACGCCAAUUCAUUACUUCAGAAAACAACUUGAUUUGGAUCGAAUCCCAAUUUAGAAAAAUAAAGCUACGGUCAUUCCCCAUUUAGAUUACAGUGGUACCUCUACUUACAAAUAACUCUACUUACGAAUGUUUCUACUUACGAAUAGAGCUCUGUCCGCCAUCUUGGAUGUGGUUUAGAUAGGAUUUUUUCUACUUACGAAUUUUUAGAUAGGGUUGCUUCUACUUACGAAUUUUUUCUCCCAAUGCAUUCCUAUGGGAUUCGACUUACAAUUUUUUUCGACUUACAAAUGUGCGUUCGGAACGCAUUAAAUUUGUAAGUAGAGGUACCACUGUAUAGGGAAAUGGGGGGCGGGGGUGCUAGCUGUUUUUUCUUUUGAUAGAAAUGGAUGAAAUUUGCAGGCAAAGUAGCAACUCCUGAGUGAAUAAACCCUGCCAAAUUACUAGGUCCGGGUUUUUUUUGUACUAGGCCCCGUCAAUCUGAAUUGGGGAGAGGAGCAAAGCAGAGUUAAGGUUUUGUGGGGAACUGUUUCAUUAUGAAAAUGGCAUACACUGUAAAGUUACUCUGACCUGCAUCAUUUCAGAGUGUUGUAGCUAGGCUAACCCAGCAAUGAGCACUUUGACCAAGCCAAGUCUCUACUUGUCUCACACCUGACAUCAGGUGUGGCAUCAGAUGUGAGGUAGAUGGCAUGGAUUGGGGUGGGAGAUGGCCUGGUGGGCCAAAUAGACAGGCAAGAAGUUCCCUACCCCAGUAGAGAGAGUUAUGAUGAAUUGGGGGCGGGGGCCUUCAGAUUUCUGCCCAAUUGGGACCAAAGUUUGCGAAUCACAGAAGCUAAGUGCAAAGCUCAUUCAACAAUGGAACAGAGGGAGAAGGACUUAAAUGUCCAGCAUUUUUUCCAAGCAAGUACCACUAGCUAGGAGCGGAGGACAGCUAAAAACAAGGCAUUAUGUUGCUGCAACAUUGCUUUCCCAAAGUACUGUGAUUGGCGAACCCUGCUUUAAAAAAACCCUGAUUUUUAAGAUUUUCCAAGGAUUCCCUGUUGUGGUCCUUCCACAUCCUGUCACUUAGUGACAAGGUGGGUGGGGGCCUUUUUGGCGAUACCAGCCAUGCCAUCCUCUGGAAAGCCCUCCCUCGGGUAAUUUGUUAGGCAGAGAGAGAGAGAAAUAACCUCUAAACACCUCUUUAAAACAUGUAUUUGUUACCUUUCCUGGACUCCAUGUUUUUUUGCUUUGUACAUUGCUCAGUUUUACUUGUGAUUAUACAAUCGUGUUUUGUUUUUUAUCUAAUUUUAAUCUAGUUUUUAGGGCAAAAUGAUUGAACGUUGUGUUCUCACUGUUCUUACGUAGACUGCUUAGAGAUUUUUUGUUAUAUUAAAUGGUACACAAAUGUUAUAAAUAAAUAAAGUAAAAUAUAAAAAUGGUACUAAGAACUAACUCGCUGUUUAGAUAGGUCAUUUCCUGGUCACACUGAAAACCUUUUCUUUUCUUUUACGGUAAUAUCCCUGGGAUGCAACUGUGGGCUGCCCAUAAAAAUCAGUAGAGAAAUCCAAGGUAUGGUAGCUGGAAUUAGCCAUUGGUGAUACUCCAAUCCUUGCUUGAUAGCAACAAAGAGGACAGCUCCACGCUGUUUCCUACCUUGUUCUUAAAUAAACAUCCUGCUAAUUAAAGUUGCAAAGCAAAAUUCAGUUCUUUGCUCCUGAAAGGAGCUGUGGCUGGAAGAGCAGAGCUCUAUGCGGUGCCGCCUUCUUCAGCGAUAACUUAUAACCAUGUAAGAUUGUCUUCCACGAACACGGUCUUAUCAGUGAGUCCAUAAGUGACUGUGGAGGCCAAUUCUGGAUCCACACGUCCUUCCACAGUGGGGACAUUGGUUUCCGGGUGGGAGUUGAUCAUGGUGAGGGUUUGCCAAGUGUGCCUUCCUCUUAGCACGUUUCUCCCUUGUGUCCUGAGUUUGAGUGUCUUCAAAGGCCAUGACACCUUUGGUAAAGGCUGUUCUCCGAUUGGAGUGCUCUCAGGCCAGUGUUCCCCAGUUGUUGGUGUUUAUAGUACAUUUUAAAAUAUUUGCUUUGAGAGAGUCUUUAAACCUCUUUUGUUGACCACCAGCAUUACGCUUUCCAUUUUUAAGUUCGGAAUAGAGUAGCUGCUUUGGAAGACGAUCAUCAGGCAUCCGCACAACAUGACCAGUCCAAUGAAGUUGAUGUUGAAGAAUCAAUGGCUUCGACACUGGUGAUCUUUGCUUCUUCCAGUACACUGGCAUUAGUUCUUUCCAAGUAAUGAGUAAAAGUUUUCGGAGACACCGUUGAUGGAAUCUUUCAAGGAGUUGGAGAUGGCAUUUAUAAGUGGUCCAUGUUUCACAAGCAUAUAGUAAGGUUGGUAGUACAAUAGCUUUGAAAACAAGCACUUUGGUUUCCCUGUGAAUGUCCCGGUCAUCAAACACUCUGCGCUUCAAUUGGGAGAAAGCUGCGCUCGCAGAGCUCAGGCCAUGAUGGAUUUUGGCAUCAAUGUCAGCCCUUGUGGAAAGAUAACUGUCCAGGUAGGAGUGUAGUUCAUUCUGUAUACUGUUGAUUAGGCUCCGACUGAUGUAUAACAACCCUGCAGUGCUGCCCUGAUGUAUUAGACUCCUCUUACAGGUAAGGUGCUGGGCUGAAACUGACAGAGUAGCUUACAGUCAGGGCUUUUUUUCCCAGUCAGAACUCACCAGAACUCAGGUAUCUUUGAUGCUGGCAUUAAUUUAUUCAACCCCCCCCCCGGAAGCCAUAGGAUCAGGUAAACAAGUAUACACAGCAACGCUUUGUGGUCUGAGGAAUAAGAACUGUGCAAGCAAAUGCAUGCAAGUGUAGUGGUGAUUUAGAUAAUAGAACCGUAGAGUUGGAAGGGACCCAAGGGUCAUCUAGUCCGACCCCUUGCAAUGCAGGAAUCUUUCGCCCAAUGUAGGGCUCGAACUCACAACCCUGGGAUUAAGAGUCUCAUGCUCUACCAACUCAGCUAUCCAGCUUUUGAUUUAUGCUCAACAACGAAUUUAGCCAGGAGUGUGAUGGAGCAAUGCAGAGCAAGAAGAAUGAACGGCUGCCGAAUAGAUCUGGUAAGAAGCCGAACUUGAGAAAAGAUUUGUUUUUAAUUGUGUGCCAAGGAAGAACUCCAGAGCGGAAUUUUAAUGGCGGAGACUGGACAUGUACUCUGUGAGUUACUUGUGGCCGCAGCCCAUGGUUGGUAAACAGCGGAAGGAAUGGAAUGUGACAUUGUCUCAUCCAGAUAAACACUGUAAAGAACUGAGCAAUGGAAGACAGUAAUUAAUUCUCCCAGCACAUGAGGUCUGAAACAACAGUGCACAUGUAUGAUGGAUUUUAUACUGAUAAGAUGUAACAGAGGCUCUGCUUGUAAGGAGGUGCUGUUUGCAAGAAUGAUGUAACAAAGAUUGACGGAUGACAACUGAACACUAAAUAAGAAAUGGUGCAGAAUGAUUGACAUAUGUUUGCAACAGGAGCAGGAUACCUGAUUUUAAGAAAUUGUAUUAAAUUAAAGUAAUUUAGUUGGAUUUGUAAUAAUUUGGAAAAUUAAUAAAAAGUAAUUGGAGAGAGUCUCAUGCUCUAGCGACUAAGCUACCCAGCCUUGUGUCAUGUGUACAAGGCCAAUUCCUUAUUAAGAUUGGCUAACAGGGUUCUUAUCACCGAUGUUAGGAAGGGCAAUCAUGCAAACUUUGGACAACAGGAAGGUAAGUCUGCCAAUCCCUUCCGUAAGGGAAGUAUUCAGGAUAGAAUAAUUCCAUCCAGGCAUGCCAAUCCUGUGUGCCUCUACAUCCCACCAAUUUCAUUUGUGUGAUACUUGGUUUCCUAUAGAUUUGUCUGUUACUUUCAGGGUGAUUUCUGCGCAGCAUAACUUCCUGGAUACCACAUGUAGCCUGGGUUUCAUUUAGAUGCAAAGGUACACUUGAAAUUGUUUUAUGGUAGGGUUGUCAUAUGUCCUCUUUUUCCAGGGCACGUCCUCUUUUUCAUGGGUCGUCACAGCGAUCCAUAGUUAAAAGGAGAUGUCAGCAAAUGUGUCCUCUUUUUUGUUCUUCAAAAUAUGGCAACCCUAAUUUAUGGGCAAUGUCUGCUGAGAUCUUAGCGGUGGGGUGGAAGGUAGUAGGAAACUGGAUGAAUAAUAGCUUUAAAGCAGGCACCCCCAAACUUCGGCCCACCAGAUGUUUGGACUACAGUUCCUGUUAUGUACUGAGCUGAAUCCUAGAACAAUAGGAUUCAGAAUCAGCAGGAGCUAUCCAAUCCAACUCCAGGUGGAAGUGAAUCCGCAACCUGAUUGGCCUGCAGGAGCAGCCAAUCAGGCGG